AUGCACCACUUCGUUCCAACGACAAUCGCUCAGGACGCCGGAGCACAGUUCCCUUCCGCAACCAAACAAUCAAACGGUCCCGACAGACUGGUAACGAACAUGACGGGCACGCUCGAGGUCGGGUUCUGUGUCCUGAAGCGCGAUCACGGUAUGACGCCGCCGGCGCGUCGCACCGUAUUAAAGGCAAAGGCGUCGCCGUGGUGGUAUGGAACCUGCUCGUGGUGUGCACACCAGUCUUUCAUCGUUGUGAAUAAUCGCCCGUCAUUCUGA